AUCUUCCAUCUUCAACAACGACGACUCUUGGUGCCAGUCAAAAAUCCCAGAAGCCAUGUUCAAUAUUUCAGAGCUCCAAACACAGAAAAUGGGGCGAAAAUAAUAUCAAUAGCAAACAACCUCUCUCUCUACGCGAUUUCAAGGGCGUUUCAUAGACAUAGGCAUAUCGAGACACAGAAAUCAAAGUAGAGAUGGAUCCGGAGCAGACAUUCAUAAGGGUCCAGGAGAGGUUCUCUCAGAUGCUGACUCCGAGAGUGAGAGCUGCUUUGGAGUACAUAUAUCUCCUCAUUGCCAUCACCCUUUUCUGUAUUCUUGUUGUUAUGCAUGCUAAUUACGUUCAACAGCCUGGAUGUUCAAGUGAGCUCUCUGGAGUUGAAUCAACAGAAGCCCAACUUAUUCAAAUUAAGAUAACCAGUGCAGGCUUGUGGUCACAGAAUGAGUCUGAACCUAAUGUUGUAGAGAUUCCUGAUAGGAGAAUUGCAACUGAAAAUUUGGAAGCUGCAACUGUAGAUGGUGAUGGAUUUACAUUUUUGGCUACAAAGCUUUGGAUGAACUGGAUUGGUUGGGUUGAUAGGAGGGGCAAAUUGACAUUGAAGUUGUGGAAUCCAGAUGCCAAACUUCCUAAGCAUCCAGUGGAAAGCUCUACGAAUAGUGAAAGUUCUAAGUCAACUGUUGAUGAUGUAGCAAGUAAAGUUGAAAGGGGGGAGGCACAUCACGGUUUCCCCUUUUCAGUCAAGCAGACAGUUAAAGCAGCAAUUAGCCACUUUGGAAAAAAAUGGCACAGGCGUCUAUCUUUCAUUUGGAAACUUGCUGUUCAAAUUUUUGGAGGUUUUCAGAAGUUGUGGAAUAUUACAGGUAUACGUAUAAAUCUUGAUGUUCACAAAUGGUUGUGCAUGCUGCACUUGGACAGGCUUAACUCAUUUGCAGUGGAAUGGCUUGAGAAAAGGAGCAAAGGAUUUGAACCUACUUAUCUGUACACCAUGGAAAAGGGCUACUUCUUGCUGCCUGAAGGGGCCAGGUCUCGUCAUAACAUACGUACAAUUAAUAUUAGCAUAUCAGCUCGGCAUCCCUGCUUUGGAAACAGGUGGCAGCAGCUUCUCAUAAAUAGAUUUGUUGGAUAUGAUACCAUUUUGAUGAAUAGUUUACUGAAUUCUCCUGGUCAAGGUUAUCUCUAUAACUCUCAAACAAAGGAGUUCUACAAUCUUAGUUAUGCACAAGAACCCCCUGAGGGUCCUGCAAGAUUUGGAGACUAUCUUGUGACCAAGUGUGGUGUGCUUAUGAUGUCACUGUUUGUUUUCUUCACAACCACUAUGUCAGUGUCAUUUACCUUGAGGGAAACACAGACUCGUAUGCUGAAGUUCACAGUGCAGCUUCAGCACCAUGCUCGGCAUCGGCUUCCAACAUUUCAGUUGAUCUUUGUGCACGUAAUUGAAUCACUUGUAUUUGUACCGAUUAUGAUUGGUAUCCUGUUUUUCCUGUUUGAGUUUUAUGAUGAUCAGCUAUUGGCUUUCAUGGUCUUAAUCCUUGUCUGGCUGUGUGAACUAUUUACACUGAUCAGUGUCAGGACACCAAUAUCAAUGAAGUUCUUUCCUCGCUUCUUUUUGCUCUAUUUUCUGGUUUUUCACAUCUACUUCUUCUCCUAUGCAUACGGAUUUUCGUAUUUGGCUCUGUCUACAACUGCGGCAUUCAUGCAGCACCUCAUUCUAUACUUCUGGAACCGUUUUGAGGUACCAGCUCUCCAAAGGUUUAUACAACAUCGUAGGUCUCAGCUUCAGCAACACCCUGACUUCCACAUAACCUCAUCAACCAUACUUGCAUCUACCCUACACAUAACAAGGUUGAACACUAGGAGUCCAGGUCAAGUAAAUAUGGACUUGACCUCUGGUCCAGGGAUGAGAGCUGGAUCUGACCAAGCAAUUCCACGACCUGGAUCAGAAAGAGAAGAUAUUACCAAUGUUCAAGAACGCAUAGAAAACAUGAACCCGGACAGGAGUGGCAACACCGAGCAGAUCGCUGAACAAUCUGAGCUACAACAAACAGAAGCUGUCCCUAACCCUGGUAACAUGAGUUCAUUCAGUUCAUUGUUGUUAUGGAUCCUAGGAGGCGUUUCCUCCGAAGGCCGCAACUCUUUUCUUUCCAUGUUCAGAGAUAUGAGAGAUCAAGGACAAGUUUAUGCAGAGUCUCCCCAACAUGAAAACCGUGAGGCUCAGAACAUGCAAUAGCCGUUUUGGACCAAACAAUGGAAUGGGACGGUAUCACUAGUUAACUAGAUAUAGAAUCUUUGUAUAACUAAUGUUGAAUCACGCCAUAUAUAGCUCGGAUUGAUUAUGUAUAGAUAUCAUACAUGUGCAAUAUGUAAUAGGUCAAGCCUUGCCAUGUAUUCACCAGAAAAUUCAGAAGGAAAGAAAAUAUUAUCUUACCAGUGGAAGGAUAAUGUAUUAAGAAUGGUAAUAUUAUAACUUCUCUUUCAAGAGAGGAAAAAAAAAAGUUUAUUUUGAAG